UUCAGGGAUAUCAUGUCCAUUUACAAGGAACCGCCCCCGGGAAUGUUUGUUGUGCCUGAUCCCCACGACAUGACCAAGAUUCAUGCAUUGAUCACAGGCCCAUUUGACACGCCUUAUGAAGGGGGUUUCUUCUUGUUCCUGUUUCGCUGUCCUCCAGAUUAUCCCAUCCACCCACCAAGGGUCAAACUGAUGACAACGGGAAAUAACACAGUGAGGUUUAACCCCAACUUCUACCGCAAUGGGAAAGUCUGCCUGAGUAUUCUAGGCACUUGGACCGGGCCUGCAUGGAGCCCAGCACAGAGUAUUUCUUCAGUCCUCAUCUCCAUCCAGUCUCUGAUGACUGAGAACCCCUAUCACAAUGAACCAGGCUUUGAGCAGGAGAGGCACCCUGGGGACAGCAAGAACUAUAACGAGUGCAUUCGGCAUGAGACCAUUCGGGUAGCAGUGUGUGACAUGCUGGAAGGAAAGUGUCCCUGUCCUGAGCCAUUAAGGGGUGUAAUGGAGAAAUCCUUCAUGGAAUACUACGACUUCUAUGAAGGGGUGUGUAAAGAGAGACUUUAUCUCCAAGGACAGACGAUGCAGGAUCCUUUUGGUGAAAAACGAGGCCACUUCGACUAUCAGUCCUUAUUAGUGCGUUUGCAAGGAAUUCGACAGAAGGUGCAAGAGAAACACCAGCAGGAGAAUACAGAAAUAGACUCUGAGAGCAGCUCCUCCGAGACAGAGACAGACACUCAAGGUUGCUCUAAAGCUUAGAGCUGCAUUAACAGUGGAGAGGCCAAGCCGUGGGGAUGUUCUGUCUUCACACUCUAUAGAGUACCCCUGACAGACUCGACAACCAAACCAAUGCCAGAGCGGAGAAGACUCCGGGACAUCUUCUGUCUCCUUUUACUGCUCUGGUGGAUAAUGCUGAACGAGAAGACUUCAUGCUAGACAAAGCCAAGCUUGUGACAGGCUACUCUUAAAAGGUACUUAACUAUGCUAGAAAGCCAGAGCAUGUGGCAUCAGGUUAUUUUUUGGAAACACCUACACUGGUUGGGUUUUUCUUUUUUUCCUCCAUUUGAUUAAAGAAUGAGAUUUAGAUUGC